UAAUUCUGUGCAAUUUGUGACAAAAUCAGCGAAAAUGAUUCAUCUUACCGGACAAAAUUAUUCCUCCAAGGAGAUCAUACAGAACAUAUUUUCCCCCUUGGUGGGUGCCAUCGUAUCGCAACAGGCGGAAGAGCUGUGCCAAAAGAACAAUCUGUCGUUCGUAGAAAUGCUGCAACCAUUUCUAAAGCUUUCAUCCGAUGCCCACUUUCGCGACAUUGCCGGAACGAGCGUUUCGAUCAAGGGACUGCGGAUCAAUGUGGUGGACGUCAAUUGGCGCCCGCCGCAAACGAUACUGGCAAAGAAAAUGCUUAACGAAGCAGUCACUACGGCCGCCGGGUGUGAGAAGAUGCAAGCGAUCCGGCUGGAUGAUGGUAGCUUCGUUGACAUUCCUGCGUCCGAGCCGUGGUUCGAGCAGUGGCGGGAAACGUUUUUGACCGUCCAGUUUCCGGCGGAUCAUGAAUUUACGCGCCACUUGCUGUGUUCGCUGAUCGUGGUGUCCAGCAUCGACCAGAAUCCAAUUGAAACAGCCAGUCAGCUGACGAAGAAGAUUCAAAAGAUGCAAAACGUUACGAUGCCCCAGCUGCCCAAAUGGUUCGCUAACGAUGCGCUCAACUGUUACGUUAUGCUGCACGAUGGGUGUUCUGGUGAUAUUGGAAAGUCGCAACAAGCCUUCGAAGGUUUGAAAUCGACUUAUGGAGAGCACAAGUGUUUCUUGCUACAAAUUAACUCCCACGGCGGUCCACCGGCCGACUGUCCCGAUCCUUGGUUGCGCUAUUUGAAGAAACAUCAACGAUCCGAACCGGCCACGGCGAGUGAUAUCGACAGCGCACCUAAAACUCCUCAGGAUAUGGGUUCGAUUACGGGAAUGCCCACAACGGUGGUUCAAUCGUCCAAUUUGCUAGUGCACGGCGGUGGUAUCGGUAGCAGUGGAAGUAGCGCUUCCUCCGAAACACCACCAUCCGGGAUCAUGGUAGGGGAAGUGAUAGCGCAUCCGCUCAGCCCGGUACAGGAAACGGGUAUCGAGAUACAGGAAACGUCGAGCCUUACAUCGAGCAUCGAUAGCUUAUCGUUGCAGACGAUAAACCCUAACGUAUGGCCAAUCGAGAGUGAUAUUGAGGUUGCUCACGGUUCGUUCCUGACGGCGAGUGAUUUGGACAAUUUGAAACAUUUCGUGCAGGAUUUUACCGUGCGUGCGUUAAUUCCGUACGUUGAACGGUUGGUGGGCGUGCUGAAUGAUUCCAUAUCGAACAAAAAGGGCGUAAGCCGAUCGCUGCUAAGCGCCACCAAACGGUGGUUCGUUACGAACAAACCGGGCGUAAACACAAACCAAAAUGCCGUCGUCUACACGAACGAAUCGGCCGAACUGCAGACGCGCAAGCUGGGCGAUCUGUACUUUAUGUUUAGUCAUUAUUCGCUCGCAUUCCAGGCGUACCAUCAGGCCAAACGAGACUUUAACGCGGACUCGGCGUGGCAGUAUUAUGCGGGAGCACUCGAGAUGGCAGCACUGGCCGCCCACAUGCAGGGCACGGCUAGCCGUAAAACGUACGACUACAUGGAGGAAGCGAUACUGACGUACCUUAACAGCUGCAAGUUGCCACAGUUCGCUACCCGCGCUACCCUUCUGUCGAUGGAGUGUUUGCGAGCGGCCAAACAGUAUAACGAAGCAGCGAAACAGCUGAUACGAAUGACGAGCGAAGAUUCAGACCUUCGAUCGGCCCUGUUGCUGGAGCAAGCGUCGUAUUGUUUUCUACUGGCCAAUCCUCCUCAGUACCGAAAGUACGCACUGCACUGCGUACUGGCAGGACAUCGGUUUUCGAAGGUCGGCCAGCGUAAACAUUCAUUCCGUACGUACAAACAAGCGUACCAAGUGUUUGAGAACCGGGGCUGGAGUUUGGCCGAAGAUCACAUACAGUUCACGAUCGGGCGGCAAGCGUCCAACUUGAAAAAGUUGGAGGAAGCGAGUAACUGUCUGGCCCACCUGUUGCGCCCUUCCAGCAUGCAAACGGCGACCCAGCAAACGUUGUUUCUGCGCGAGUACCUCAGCACAAAGAAGGCACUCCAGUCGAAGGGAAGUGGCGAAGGGGCAAAUGACAUUCCCUCGAUUGCGCUGCCAAAAAUUGUGCAGAGCAUGACGAAGGUGCUGGUAACGUCGCCACCACCGGUUUCGAAUCCGUUGCAUAUCGCGGCCACCAAUAUUAAUAUUACGUCUACUCCGACGGAUGAACACGUGUGGAACAAAAUGGAGGAAAUGCUAGUGCAGAGCGCUGCCGAGCGUCCGGUGAUGAUUUUCCGCCCAUCCAAGUCACUCUUUUCUUCCGAAUCGCCCGCCACGGAAAAUCCCCGUUCCGUGCACGGUGAACCGAUUGAGGUGGCGUUUAACCUGGAAAACACCAUUAAACCGGCCGUUCUGUUCGAAAACAUAAAUCUUUUGUGGGAAUUCCGCAAAGAGUCGGGUGAAAUCUUCUCUAACCGGUCGCUCUUUCUUGGGGAUGUCAGUUUGGAGGAACGGUCCGAGAUUGAAAAUGUGGUCGCCUCGAGCUUUGUGGCGGUGGUCACGUUCGCCGAGCACGAAACAAAAACGCUUGUACUGAAGCUAACGCCACGCAGCACCGGGCAACUGCGGAUAUUGGGGAUUGUUGGAAAAAUAUCUGCCGCACAACCGGCCGGGCCGGGUGAAGCUCCAUCGCUAUGGGGUAAGCAACUGUUUGAAGCGCAAUCGAUCCGGAUUGGUAGUGCCGGUGGUAAGGAUGGAGGUAAAGUGACCGGACCGACGGCUGCAGCAUCCUCUGUGCCAUCGUUUGAUCGGAAGCUUGAACUUGAAAUACUACCACCAGCACCAGCACUGCACGUAAGCUUCAGCCGCGCACCGACGGAAGUGUUGGCGGGUGAGGUGAUUCCUAUCAAAAUGAACAUAACCAAUGCGGGUGUUAGUAUGGUGAAUGAUAUCUACGUUUGUAUCGAUAAUCCGCGGUACGUGCUGCUCAAUCCGAAUGAAGCCGAUAUACCGCUCUCGAUACGGCGUGACUUACAGAACUUGGCCAAUGAAAAUGUUGGCCGUGACAGGGAAGCUCGCAAGCAGUACGUUUGCCGAGUGUUUCGGGAAUCGGAUGGAAAUUAUAUUGCACCGAACGAGACGAAAACGGCCACGCUGUGGCUGCAGGCGCCAUAUUCCAAGGGCCAAAAAGACAUCAAACUGAUGAUAUACUACGCAAUGCCGCAGGACUAUCCGAAGAUGAAGCAUCGUCUUGUACGGCACACGUGGAAUUUUAACGUAAACGAUUCGUUGCUGGUGGAUGCGAAUUGUAACAUGAGCAAUCCAACCAAGCGCGAGCUGGGCAUCGAUGUGAACGUGAAAAAUCUCAACCAAGUGCAUCAUCCGCUGAUGACGGAAAUCGUGAUGAACGAGCUGUUUCUUUACUGUUCUGCGUACGAGCUGCAACAGAACAGGGUCGUUUAUAUUAAAACACCUGGUUACACCAAACUGCAGGCUGGUGCGGGCCUAAAAACAAACGAAACCCUUAGUCUACGCUGUAAUCUGCUACGUCGCCCAUCGGAGGUGGCAUACGACGGAAGCUUCCAGCGCUACGUAUCGCAAAAGCUAUCCACCAUAUGUGUGCGGGAACCGGAACCAGCAGCGAAAGCUACCCUGCCAGCACUCGAUGCUGUCGGUAGCUUUCUGCUGAAGAACGAAACCAAAUACAUACGGGUGUAUGAGCCGGGCAGUAACGAAGAAUUUAAUCAGAUCGUUAAUCAACGGGACAGUCACAUGGCGCUGUGCGUUAAUUGGUCCGCAACGAUCAACGACAAUGGUGCAUCGCGUAAGGCGUACGGGCAACAUUUUGUGCAGUUGAGAAAUCUUUACGAUUCUGUGUACUGUCCACCAUCGGAACGAUUGCAGCAAAUCACGUUCACCGGACAGUCGGAUGUGUAUCAUAUAUUUGAUGAUUUGGAAAAGGUGAUGCCGGUCGACAAUGAUGAUGUUGAUAGCGGUUGGGGUGUUAAUCAAAGCUUCGUGGCUCAGAGAUGCUUCCUCGAGGAAAACUUCCACUCAGUUGAACUGAAAGCCUAGACAUUGCAAUGUU